UAGAUGAAUCGGACGGUUAGGAAUAGGCGAACGGGUGGGCGAAGGUGCUGUCGACGUUGUGUUUUAAAAAACGUUUUCAAAAGAGAGCACCCGCCGCGUUGAUGACGUGUAGUGCAUCGUUUUGGAAAUACACUGGGAAAUGUUGUGUGAGAGGGGGGACUACUGUCUUAGAGAGAGAAGUGAGAGAGUGAGAGAGGAAAGUGAUUUCGAGAGAGGGAGUAGUUUCAAACUACUUGAUUCACUUAUUUUCCAACCAACCUCGAAAUCGUGCCAGUAUUCAUCAGUGGUUCACUUCAACAUUAUUCUCUAGGUCCUUACUCUUCUCUUCACAUUAUCCUUCAAAUUUUUUCAUUCUUCUUAGAAUUACUGUAAAUAUUUCUCACCUACAACCCCUUUAUCUGUUUAUAUUCACAAUUAUCUUUAAAUUAUCACUCUAAAUCCUCACCUCACUCUGCCAUUCUCUUAUCCUUAUAUUAUUAUUCUUUCACUAGAUUUCUAACUUUAUCAUCAACUUCCUGGAUAAAACUCAGUGAUUAUCAACUGUGUACAAUUUUAUUCGGCCUAUUUAUAGAGUAAACGGCAACCAUGGGUAAACCACAACCAGCGAUUGGAAUCGACCUGGGCACGACCUACUCCUGUGUUGGAGUCUGGCAACAUGGAAAAGUGGAAAUUAUCGCCAAUGACCAGGGAAAUCGCACCACUCCCUCCUAUGUUGCCUUCACUGAUACUGAACGCCUUAUCGGCGAUGCGGCAAAAAGUCAGGUGGCUAUGAACCCGAAGAACACAGUGUUCGACGCGAAGCGGCUGAUCGGCCGUAAGUUCGACGACCCGAAGAUCCAGGACGACAUGAAGCACUGGCCGUUUGCCGUCGUCGACCACUCGGGCAAGCCCAAGAUCCGCGUCGAGUACAAGGGUGAGCAGAAGACGUUCGCGCCGGAGGAGAUCAGCUCCAUGGUGCUCACCAAGAUGAAGGAGAUAUCAGAGACCUACCUCGGCACAAAGGUGAAAGAUGCAGUGAUCACAGUGCCGGCCUACUUCAACGACUCACAGCGGCAGGCGACGAAAGACGCGGGAGCCAUUGCCGGCCUGAACGUGCUGCGAAUCAUCAACGAACCCACCGCCGCUGCACUCGCCUACGGACUCGACAAGAACCUCAAGGGAGAGAAGAAUGUGCUCAUCUUCGACCUGGGUGGCGGCACCUUUGAUGUCUCCAUCCUGGCCAUUGACGAGGGAUCCCUCUUCCAGGUCAAGUCCACGGCUGGAGACACACAUCUUGGAGGCGAAGACUUCGACAACAGGCUGGUGAAGCAUUUCGCCGACGAGUUCCAGCGCAAGAACAAGAAGGACCUGACGAGAAACGUGCGAGCACUGCGCCGACUGCGCACAGCGUGCGAGCGAGCGAAGCGCACUCUUUCGUCGAGUACUGAAGCCAGCCUGGAGAUAGACGCGCUGCACGACGGAAUCGACUUCUAUGCGAAGAUCACCCGCGCACGAUUCGAGGAGAUGUGCAUGGACAUGUUCCGGUCGACGCUGGCGCCCGUCGAACGCGCGCUCACCGACGCCAAACUCGACAAAGGCGCCAUUCAUGAUGUCGUGCUCGUUGGCGGGUCGACGCGCAUACCCAAGAUUCAGAAGAUGUUGCAGGACUUUUUCUGCGGCAAGGCGCUGAACCUGUCGAUCAACCCGGACGAGGCGGUGGCUUACGGCGCGGCGGUGCAGGCGGCCAUUUUGAGCGGUGAUACUAGCUCAGCCAUCCAGGAUGUGCUCUUGGUUGACGUCGCUCCACUCUCGCUCGGCAUAGAGACGGCCGGUGGCGUCAUGACCAAGCUGGUCGAGCGCAACUCCAGGAUUCCCUGCAAGCAGCAGCAGACCUUCACCACCUACUCCGACAACCAGUCGGCUGUCACUAUUCAGGUGUUCGAGGGCGAACGGGCGAUGACCAAAGACAACAACCUGCUGGGCACAUUCAACCUGACAGGCAUUCCGCCGGCGCCACGCGGCAUCCCCAAGAUAGAAGUCACAUUCGACCUCGACGCCAACGGCAUCCUCAACGUGUCGGCCAAGGACAGCAGCACCGGCAAAUCCGAGAAAAUCACCAUCCAAAACGACAAGGGUCGACUGUCCAAGGAGGAAAUCGACAGAAUGCUCAAGGAAGCCGAUAAAUACAAGGCAGAAGAUGACAAGUUGAGAGAACGCGUGGCGGCAAGGAACCAGCUGGAGGGCUACGCGUUCAGCGUGAAGCAGGCGGCGGAGGACGCGGGCGCCAAGCUGAGCGAGGCAGAGAAGAAGCAAGUGCAGGACAAGUGUGCGGCGGUGCUCGCCUGGCUCGAGACAAACACGCAGGCCGAGAAGGACGAGUUCGAGGACAAGCUGAAGGAGCUGCAGAAGGAGUGCACGCCGAUCAUGACCAAGAUCCAUCAGGGUGCCGGCGGCGGCGCAGGCGCCAAUGCCAAGGGACCCACUGUCGAGGAAGUCGACUAAACGUCAAUCUGCUACGAGUCAGAGACGCUAUACAGACAUUCCCCUAGACACAUUUUUAUCACAGGGAAUUGUGCUUCAACAAAAAUGAAAUAACAAUUGAAUAUUUUGUGAAUUAUUAAUUGAAGGACAUCAGGCCAGACUGGCAACAUUCAUGUUGAUUUAUUCAAUAUUCAUUACAUGAAGUAGGUGAUUUAAAUAGAUGCUGAUUUUGUAUCCAAUAAAUUCGGAUUGAAUUUGAAUUGAUUUGUUUUACUUAACAAUUUGAUACUGAUUUGGAUAGGCUGCAUUUAUUCAAAACACCUAUUUCAUGGCUUCAUUAUAUUUUGUUGUGAAUGAAUUUUUAUGCCACAGAUGGUUAGAUAUGAUUGAGUUAUAGAGGGCUUAAUGAACAAAAACGAUCUAUAUAAACACAGUUGAAAUAUUAUUAUAAAGUACCUUUUAUUUCUUUUUAGCACAUUAAAAUAAAAUAAAGAAUACUUGCUAAUAUUUUUUUAUUGUGUUUCAAUAAAAUUAGUUGCCCUAAAAAGAAAGGUGAAUAUCCACUUAUCUAUAUUCAAUAAUUUAUAAUGUUAAAUAAUAUUAUUAUAAUAAUAUCAAAUUAUUAUUGAAUAAUUUUGUAUGCAUUUUCAACUAAUAUAAGGUGUCUAUGAACUACGAUAAUCAGUAUCAAGCCUGGAUGAAUAUCAUUGAAUUCAUCUGGAAUUAGAAUUGCUACAGAAUACUGGAUAAGUGGCCACUUCACACAAUUCGGGUUAACUUUUUAGUUCAAAAAUAUAAUUAAUUCUCCAAACUUGAAACUUUUAAUUGGGUGAAAAAAUAAGAUAACUAUGUUAAUGAAAUCACUAAAAGCUUAAAAGUAUAUUGAUUCAUUUUAGAAAAUUUCAGGACAGAGAAAAAUGAUAUUACUACGGGAACAGCUAAAAUUCCAUUGUAGUUUAAAUUUGAAAUUUUAUUAAUGAACAGUCAAAAGAAUGACAUCUCUAUCCUAUGAAUUGUUAUAUGAUUUACAUAACAAUCCAGAUUUGUCAAUUCCCAUAAGUGAUUUGAUACGUUAUUCUCAGUCAUGUCAUGGCUGUUGGGAAUUUUCAAUCAAUUAAAGUGAAACUGGUUUGAAAUAAUAUGUGAUGUGAAUUUGAGAAACAAUUAUUAUACAUUAUUAAGAUAUUAUGGAAUUUUCACUUACAAAAAUUAAAUACAUAUUGUUAUUUUUUUGAAAAUGUAAACGACAGAAGUUGAAAAAUUAUAUUAUUUCUUCUAUUACAGUGCUAUAUAUUUAAAAAUAUGAUUGUGAUUGUGUAAGAGGUUUAAUUACAUGGGUGAGAAUGAA